AUGGACAAGCUGUUUGAGAGUUUCGAUAAUGCCAUAAAGAAGAGAAGAGCUACCUAUCAAAAAGCGGUGCAAAAUGAAGAUGAUGAGUAUACUGAAGAUCCACUCGUUCCACCAGCAGUCCUUGGUAAUGGAUUUCUUUUCAACAGUAGUACCCUGGACAAGGUGAAAAAUCGAUUAAACAAAGACCAGGAACAGGGGACUCAAGCUAUUGAUACGACUCAGGUCCUUUCCAAUUUGUAUGAGGACGGGGAGGAUUUAGAGAAAGAGGUACCCAGCAUUUUGCAGAGCAAAUCCAAACCGAUUCCAACCAUUUUGAUUCCAAGUAUAGAACGUGAAAUACUUAAACAGCCCUUUAAUGAAAAUCAUAAUUUUACUGGAGUGACAGUCCCUAUUGCCAAAAGCUCCGCAAUUACAAAGAACCUUGAUCGAGAAGACUUGGAGUCUCCCGAGAUACCAGAAACGCAGCCUAUUCCUGAUUUUUCAGCCAGUGAUGUACCAACACAAACACAAGUCCUUAAAACUACGAGUGAAACAGCUGCCGACACUGGUACAGUGGCAACUGCAGCAAUAGCAUAUGAAGAAUCACUUACUCAGGUGGAGGUUUCAGAGCAGACUUAUCCAGAUCAGAGGAAUUCACAGGAAGAUAUAAUUCAACAGACAGCUGCGGAUGCGGUUCCAAUUACGAGACUUAAGAUUCAUGAAAUUGAAGAAAUGUGGUCCAGGGAGGUCCAAACGGAGACUAAAGAGCACAAAGUGAAGUACAGAGCCCCAAGACCUCUGAAGGUAUUCACAAAGGAGGCUUUUAUGCAGGACUUCGAUAAAAGCAGUGAUUCAGACUCCGACGUCUUCGACCAAGAAAUCAAGGCCACCAGUCCCAUAGGACGUAACAAUGACUCAAUUUCUGAAGUUGGGACAUCAGAUGUUAAAGUUCUGAAAGAUAAAAGCUCUGGAGCACUGACUGCCUAUCAGCGUGAAUUGAAAGAGAAAGCUGAGAUCGCUAAAGGAGUUAUGCUGCUAUCCGAGAGUGAUGAUGAGGAGGAUCUCGCAGUUUCUACAUCACAUGAAGCAAAAGCAACUGUUCUCAAACUAAAAGCCCGCUUAUCGAAGCGUAGACCUCCCGUUGAGUCUCAGCAUGGUAAGGCAUCAUUAAGUGCGCUGAUGAAAAAUCUGAGAAAUUCUACGAAGAGGCAAAUCCUUGAUCGACAGAAAGAAGGUAUUGAACGACAAGGCUUGAAAUUCGAGGACGUGGAGAAGGAAAAAGAGAUUGUGGAAAAUCUGUUGGAGCAGGAAAUUGCAAGGAAUAAGCGAAUUAGAAUGAAAGAGAAGGAAAAAGCACAAAUGAAUGAUGUUCCUUCCCUCGCUCUGCCAAAUAGAGUUGAAGAAGAUAAUGAUUCGAACUAUUCAGUUAGUGACGAGGAUUCUGUCAUUAAAGAAGAUUUAGACUACUCUGAUCUCGAAAGCGACGAUUCCGGCUCAAAUGAACCAAAGAUAGCUUCUGACAGCGCGGGAGUCGAAAUUGAUAGUGAUGAAGAUGACAUACGUUUCAUGAAGGGCAAGGCGCACAAGAUAUCACUGUUGAAUGACGAUGAAUCUGAAGAAGAGGAAGAUUUGACGGUGAAUAGUGCUAUUAAUUUAGGCGCUUAUGGAGAUAACCUAAUCACCACAACGAAAGAUGAGGCGCACACUUCUGCGGAGGAACACACUACACAACUCGUAAAUGAGAUCAGCGAGUCCCAAUACCGUACUAUGGAAAAGGAAAAGUCGAAGAUCAGAGCUCAGGAAGAGAAGCAAAGACUUAAACAAAUGAAAGAAUCUGGGGUUACUAACAUGUUUGACAUGGAAGCCGAGGAAUCUGACGACGAAUGGCGGGGUGUUGGUGGUGUAGACGGAGAAACGAUUGAUGAUUAUGAUUCAGAUUUGGAGAAAAUGAUCGACGAUUUCUCUAAUACAACAUCCAAUGCCGAUCAAAUACGUCAGCUUCUUAUGGCAGAGAACAAGGAAACCGAUUUGAAAACAGUGAACAAAAUACUUCACGACAUAAAGAAUGGUGGAUUCCGAAAAAGACGCCAAAACAACUUGCAACUUGAAUUAAGCGAUGAUGAAGACGACGAAUUAUUGAAUUAUAAGAAAAGAAAAUUGGAGUUGAUGAGAAAAAGACGUCUCCAAUUUGGUGCAGACGACAAGAAACUUCUGAAGAACUCAAGGUCGAAGGCUUUUUUCGAAAGCAUGGUCGAGGACAUAAUUGACUUGAAGGAUCCCUUCAGCAAUCAAGCCGAAACGUCAGAGAAAGAUAAGAAAUCAGAAGGUUUGGUGGAUGCUUCAAAUAAGCAGAAAGACACAAUCUCUCAUGAGUUUGUACAACAAAGUUUAUCGUUUUUGAGCAGUAGCCGAGAUUUCAGUGAAUUUGAAGUAGCAAGAGUCUCACAGGAAGGUGAACGCAAUACUGACCUGAACAGCCUGAAACAGGAUAGUACUGUCAAAACCCUUUAUGCCCCAUCAAAUAUCAUUAGCGAGUCAGAAAGAGCAGACCAUGAAGAAUUCGAUAAUAGUGUACUUCCGGUAGAAAGCAGCUACUCCUCAGUUGUCAAAUCGUUUGGAUUCGAUUUAAACGCAAACGAUAAAUUGAAAGAAGGAAGGAAGACAGUGACGGUCUCUAAGUCCUACAGAACUGUCGGCGGUAACAAAGCCUCUAUCACCUAUCUUGGGAAGAUGCGGAAACUCGUCGCUCCAAAGAAGUCAAAUGCAGAGGUUCGGACCACGAGCAAGCUAUCUACUCUGGGUAAUAGUAAAAUAUUCCGAAAUUUUGAAUCUAGCUUCGAGAACUAA